AUGUACUUCUUAGAAGAAGACGCUAGGGGUGUAAAGCAACCUCAUGAUGACCCACUCGUCAUUAUGAUCAUGAUCGAGGGGUUCAACACGCGGAGAGUCCUGGUUAACAGUGGGAGUUCAGCCGAUAUAAUCUAUCUUCCCGCCUUCUGGCAACUAAAGCUAGAUCCAAAAAGUCUCCGUCCUUUCGAGUCCCCCUUCGUCAGUUUCAGUGGAGACAAGGGGGUCGGAGAGAUUAAAGGAGACCAAGUGUUGGCAAGAGAGUGUUACCAGGCCGUCCUGGCCUCAAGAGAGAACUAUACGUGGACAAUCGAGGAAAAAACACCAGAGAUCGUUGAGAAGCUAGAAACGAUAGAGUUAGUUGAAGGAAGUCCAGCAAAGACGACCCAAAUAGGGACGAAUCUAAGUCCCAGGAUGAAGGAAGGGAUCAUCAACUUCUUGAAAGAUAACCUCGAUGUAUUUGCUUGGAGCCACAAGGAUAUGCCAGGAAUCCCAACAAGCCUCAUCCAGCAUCGCCCAAAUGUUGACCCAAAGAAGAAGCCCGUCCUGCAAAAAAGAAGAGUCUUUGCCCCCGAGCGAAACAAAGCACUAAUGGACGAAGUAAAUAAAUUACUCGUUGCAAAAUUUAUUCGGGAAGUCCAUUAUCCCGAGUGGUUGGCCAACGUGGUCAUGGUCAAGAAAGCAAACGGGAAGUGA